AUGUUCUCCAAGCAAGCUAUCGCUCUGGCCUUCUCUAUUGCCGCUGCCCAGGCCGCUCACCAGGGUUUCAACUAUGGUGCCACCAAGCCUGAUGGUGGUGUCGCCUACGAGGCCGACUUCAAGACCCAGUUCCAAACUGCCAAGAACCUCGUCGGCACCUCGGGCUUCACCAGUGCCCGUCUCUAUACCAUGAUCCAGGGCGGUACCGCCAACACCCCCAUUGAGGCUAUCCCCGCUGCCAUUGCCGAGGAGACCUCCCUCCUGCUCGGUCUCUGGGCCUCUGGCGGCAACAUCGACAACGAGAUUGCUGCCCUCAAGUCCGCCAUCAGCACCUACGGUGAGGCCUUCACCAAGUUGGUCGUCGGUAUCUCCGUUGGUAGUGAGGAUCUCUACCGCAACUCUGUCACCGGUGCCAAGAACAAUGCCGGUGUUGGUGUCAACCCCGACGUGCUCGUCAACUACAUCAAGCAGGUCAAGUCCGCCAUCGCCGGCACUUCUCUGGGUAGUGCCUCCAUCGGUCACGUCGACACCUGGGACGCCUGGACCAACGGCACCAACGCCGCCGUCAUCAACGAGAUUGACUGGCUCGGCUUCGACGGCUACCCCUACUUCCAGACUACCAUGGCCAAUGGCAUCGACCAGGGCAAGGCGCUCUUCGACGAUGCUGUCGCCAAGACCAAGGCCGUCGCCAACGGCAAGGAGGUCUGGAUCACCGAGACCGGUUGGCCCGUCAGCGGUCCUACUGAGAAUGACGCCGUCGCUUCCAUCGCCAAUGCCAAGCAGUACUGGGACCAGGUUGGCUGCCCUCUCUUCGGUGAGACCAACACCUGGUGGUACCUCCUCGCCGACGGCAGUGCCAGCCCCAGCUUCGGUAUCACCGACAGCCCCUCCAACACCCAGCCUCUGUUUGACCUCUCCUGCAAGAACCCUUCAUCCUCCAGCUCCGCUUCUGCAUCUGCCACCAAGACUGGCGUUGACCUUGGUGCCGGCACUUCUGCUGCCACUGCCACUGCCACUGGCUCUUCCUCUGGCUCUGGCUCUUCUUCUGGCUCUGGCUCUUCCUCUGGCUCCGGCUCUUCUUCUGGCUCUGGCUCUUCUGGCUCCGGUUCCGGCUCUUCCAUGGGCAUGGGCAGCUACUCUACCACCAUGGUCAGCGUCCCCGCCAGUCACACUCCUGCCCCUGCCUCCUCUACUCCUCUGAUCCCCUCCGGCGCUUCUCCCUCGUCCUCUGGUGCCGUUGCUGGCUCCGGCGCAGCUGCUACCGCCACUGGUACUUCCAGCACCGGCUCAGGCUCUGGCUCUAGCUCCGGCUCAUCCGGCUCCUCCAGCUCUGGCUCUGGCUCUUCUUCCGGCAGCUCUGGCUCUGGAUCCGAGUCUGGUGCCGGCUCUGCUGCCGGCUCCAGCAGCUCUGCCACCCCCAGCUCCUAUGUGGGCUUCAACUCGGCUGCCCGCUCCUCCGGCUCGGCUGUGACUGCUCUUGCCGCUGCGCUGGUUCUCGCCAUUGCCGUAUAA